CGUGCUACACAGUGGUACAGCACGAAAAUAUGCUACUCUAUAAUUCUAGCACGAAUUUCUUGUCGCGCUCGCGUCCGUCGUAAACACGAUAUCGAAUUUCGACGAUGAACAACCGGUUUUUUUUUAUGCUCGCGCAGUGUCACCGGAAGCGUAUACUUCGGUUCGUUUGCCGCCAAACUACCCUGCGUGAGUGCGUGAGUGCGUGCUGCGAUGAAGAAGUUGUUUAUUCGUCGGCUCGCGAACCUACGAUCGUAGCGUAUACUUAGAUAUCACGCUGCACGCGCGUUAUAAGUUGCGUACCACUGACGUGCCGCGAAUCGUCUCCGCGUGUUCGUUGGGACUGGUUGGGACGCUCAAACCUCUCGAAAUUCGUGGGAUAUAUCAUGGCCAAGGUUCAGCUGGCGAACGUCGCUGUUCUGGACAAUCCUUCGCCGUUCCUGAAUCCGUUCCAGUUCGAGGUCACGUUCGAGUGCAUCGAGGAAUUGAAGGAAGAUUUGGAAUGGAAGAUGAUAUAUGUGGGUAGCGCAGAGUCGGAGGAAUUUGAUCAAGUCCUAGAUACCAUUUACGUUGGUCCAAUCCCGGAAGGAAGACAUAUGUUUGUAUUUCAGGCUGAUCCACCUGAUGUGAGUAGGAUCCCAGUCAACGAUGCUUUAGGCGUGACCGUCGUGUUGCUGACUUGUUCGUACAGAGGUCACGAAUUUGUUCGCGUGGGUUACUUUAUAAAUAACGAGUACACGGAUCCAGAACUCCGGGAGAAUCCACCGCCGCAGCCGCAAUUCGAUAAAGUUCAGAGGAAUAUACUAGGCGAUAAACCGCGCGUCACUAGAUUUAAAAUAAAUUGGGACGACUGUCCAACUGGAUCAGCGAACAGUCUUCCCGAGGGCAUGGAUGCGCCGGCGUUAGAAGAUACGUCGCAGGAUGCGCCUACGUCCACAUUAGGCUUCACAGAGAAUACGCAAAACGGUGGAAUGGAAGUGAUGUGAAAACUGAUUUACUGCUAAUAAGGAAAUAACUCGGUGAACUUGCGUUAUACAACAAUUUAAAUGAUAAAAUAUAGUACCUGGCGAGAAGAUGGAGAAGAAAAAAUACACCUUCGGUAUAUAUACAUAUAUAUAUUUAGAUAAUUAAAAAAAAUCACGCAAAUAACCUUCCAUAUAAUUAUUGAUGUUUUUCUUCGAUAAGAUCUAAGAAGUUUGUACAUUUUGAAAAAGAACUGUUGAUAAUGUGAUAACCUACACCUUACAUCUGAAUAAAAAAGAAUGAACGUUUGGAUUAA